AUGCCGACAGCGCACCUGUUUACGGUCACGUGCGGGUCUUGCAUCGCGCCCGUAGGACGGCCGGUUCAAAUAAGCCAUCAUCACUUCAACCAUCUGCAGGCGCACAUUUUGCCCACCUCCAUCCGCAAAAAGGACGUGUGCAUCGAGUAUCCCAACAUGGCCGGCGACGCCCCCAACAGCAGCCAGCAGCCGGCCGCGGCCCCCAACGGCGAGGUCAACGGCCCAGUCCAGCUCCCUGCUGGCGACUCGAAGCUGCCCUCGCGCAAGGACACUUCUCUCCGCGAAUUUCUCAACAAGGUGGACGAUUGCGCACCCAUUAUCCCCGACGCCGUCACCCAAUACUACAUGACCAAGGCCGGCCUCCCCCCGCCACCGCAGACGGACCAGCGACUGGCGCGGCUCCUCGCGCUCGCGACGCAAAAGUUCAUCGCCGACAUCGCGGCCGACGCGUACCAGUACAGCCGCAUCCGGGCGUCGAGCAACACAAACGCCAACAACCCGAUGGGCUCGCUCGGCGCCGCCGCCGGCUUCCCCAUUCCCGGGCAGCAGGCCGGGCAGCCGGGCAACAAGGACCAGGGCAAGGGCGCGCCGCUGGGCAUCCAGCGGCCCGGGUACGGUGGCGGCGGCCAGGGCGGCAGCCAGAACAGGACGGUCCUGACCAUGGAGGACCUCGGCAUGGCGGUCGGCGAGUACGGCGUGAAUGUGAAGCGGAGUGAGUUUUACCGGUAG